UAACCAAACAGAAACAGAGAAGACAGUCCCAUCUCUUCAUUCCCUGUCUGCUCAGUGUCUCACACUGAACUUUACUCCUCUCCAUAUCUGGGAUUUAUUUCUACUUAAAGGUCAGUUUAUUAUUAUUAUAAUUGCAAUCUAUCUUGACGUAGUACUAGUUUGUUUUAUACAUUUGUAUUUUUACAUGUAGAUAUUGUCGCAUGAAGUUUGUUUUGUAGUUAAAGUUGACCUUUCCUCAGCAGGGACAGACAGACGACUAAUAGUGGACCCAACAGGAAAAUGGUUCCAGUUAAACUCCUCAUUCUGGGAGCUCACAACACUGGAAAAACAGCACUGUGUGUUCGUUUCAUAACCAAGCGCUUCAUUGGUGAAUACGACCAUAAAAAGGAGGUGACCUACAGAUGCAGCCGAGCGGUGGACCAGGAGGCUGUUGACCUGGAGAUUUUGGAUAUAGCUUGUAAGGAGAGCUCUGUGGCCUCUCUGGAGUCCUCCAUCCGCUGGGCCGACGGCUUCCUGCUGCUCUACUCCAUCACACAGCGCCUCAGCUUCCUGGAGGUCCCUCGACUCAAGACGCUCAUCGACCAAACCAAGCAGAGUCUGGUUGUUCCUACAGUGCUGGUAGCCAAUAAGGCAGACCUGGAAAUCGGCAGGGAGGUGACGACAGAGGAAGGACAGAGACUGGCCAAGGAUUUAAGGUGCGUUUUCAGGGAGCUGUCGGUGGCAGAAGCUGUUUUAUCCGUGGAAGCAGCCGUGUUUCAGCUCAUCAGGCUGGUCCUGGACCAGCAGCGCCCUCUGCCUGACCGCCGCUCCUACAUGCUGACCGUUCGCCACGCUCUGACCAGGAAGCUGACCCGCUCUAAAACCAUGCAGUGGUGACAAACAAUCCACCAGUUAUUACAGAGGGACAUUUGAGAAAACUGUGUGUGUUUACACUUCUGGACUGAUUUGAUGAUAUCAGAUAUAUUCCCAUUACAUAUGUUGAAUCACUCAGCAUGUAUGGAGGAAACCCUUAUGAGCUCCUGACAGUGUUCAAGACCUCUCUACUUUAGAGUUUUUAUGCAACACUGAUGAUUUUUUUUCUUGCUGCAGCUUCUGACUUUCUGGAUUCGUGGUUUCACAAAGGAUUGUGCAGGAAAAAAUGUACAACAGUAAAAGAAAUGACCCUGUAAAUAAAAAAAAAGGGGGAUUUUUGGGUGCAUGUUUGCAUGCCGUAGAGUUUCAGCUAAACUGGUUGAACUAAAAACUCUGGGAACAAUAGCACAUGGGUGUGACCAGCUAAAAUAUGCAGUUUCUGGUGAUAUCACUGAAAUAAUCCAGCUCAGCCUGAGGUAAUCUGGAAAAGAGGCUGAGGAUGUGAAUAAAUGGAGAAAUAGGCUACGUGUCGGCAGGUAAAGAGAUGGGAUGAGCCAAAAACAGGGUUGUAUAACCUGAGAGCUGCUAUUUACAUGACAGAAAAUACCUUGAGAUUUUUGUCAGGAUGCAUCCACAUGAGUUUGUGUCCUAGUUUGUUAUGUGUUUCAUUCUCCAGUAGAGGGCGGUACGGUCAUUUCAUCUGCUGCAGACUCACCACAGUCCCACAGUAUGAUAUGAAAUACACUAUUUGGGUACCCUUUGGCAGUUUGGUAUGGAAGAAGCUGAGCCCCAAAUCAGUGGGAUUCAAAAAAUCUUGUGGAAAGCCUUCCUAGAAGAGCAGAGGCUGUCAUAGCAGUAUAAGAAUGUAACCAGUGGAUGAAGCAGUCAGGGAAGUUCAUCAGUUGGUGA